GAAAGACGGAGGACUGUUGGUCUUUGGAGCCCGACCUGAUGGAAAUGAUGGCGACCUCGCGGAGCUACAAGAAGCUCCUGUACGCGUGGGAGGGCUGGCACAACAGCUCGGGAGUGCCCCUCAAGCAGCUCUAUCCAGAGUUUGUGAAGCUCAGCAACCAGGCCACCCGCAUGGACGGUUUUGCAGACACAGGUGCAUACUGGCGGUCCUGGUAUGAAUCACCGUCCUUCCAGGAUGACCUGGAGCAGCUGUACAGGCAGGUUGAGCCCCUCUACAAGAACCUGCACGCCUUUGUCCGUCGCAGACUCUACCAGCACUAUGGCCCCAAGUACAUCAACCUCAGAGGACCCAUCCCUGCCCACCUGCUGGGAAAUAUGUGGGCACAAACAUGGAACAACAUCUAUGACAUGAUGAUCCCCUUCCCGGAAAAGCCCAAUGUGGAUGUGACAAAUGCCAUGAAGGAACAGAAUUGGAACGCCACCCACAUGUUCAAGGUGUCCGAGGAGUUCUUCACUUCCCUGGGUUUGAUCGCGAUGCCACAGAAGUUCUGGGAAGAAUCCAUGCUGGAAAAGCCUGCAGAUGGCCGGGAAGUGGUCUGCCAUGCCUCUGCCUGGGACUUCUACAACCGCGAAGACUUCAGGAUCAAGCAGUGCACCAUGGUGACCAUGGAGCAACUCUUCACCGUGCACCACGAAAUGGGCCACAUCCAGUACUACCUCCAGUACAAGGACCAGCCUGUCAGCUUCCGUCGGGGUGCCAACCCGGGCUUCCACGAGGCCAUUGGGGAUGUCCUGGCUCUGUCCGUCUCCACCCCAAAGCACCUGAAAGAGAUUGGCCUGCUCAGCACCCUGACUGAAGACCCAGAUAGUGACAUCAACUACCUGCUGAAGAUGGCCCUGGGGAAAAUGGCCUUCCUGCCGUUUGGGUACCUCAUUGACCAGUGGAGGUGGGGCGUGUUCAGUGGCCGCACACCACCUGAGCGCUACAAUGCAGAGUGGUGGUAUCUGAGAACCAAAUACCAAGGAAUCUGCCCUCCAACCCCACGAUCUGAGGAGCAUUUUGACGCAGGGGCCAAAUACCACAUUCCGGGAAACACACCAUACAUCAGGAAAGUUCUCAGCGUGGGCUCCUCCAAACCUUGGCCAGACGUGCUGCAGGAGGCCCUGGGGACAAACAAGAUGGAUGCUGGCCCUCUCAUGAACUACUUCAGCCCCAUCACCCAGUGGCUGCAGGAGCAGAACAAGGGAGAGACCCUGGGGUGGCCCGACUUCGAGUGGAGACCGCCAAUACCAGAAGACUACCCCGAGGGCAUCGAUAAGAUUGCAGACGAAGUCGAUGCCAAAAACUUCCUAGCUGAGUUCAACAGCACUGCUGAGACGGUGUGGAAUACCUACAUUGAGGCCUCCUGGAAAUACGAGAGCAACAUCUCUGAGCACAACAAGCAGGUCAUGCUGCAAAAGAAAUUGGAAAUGUCCAAUCACACGCUCACAUAUGGGCUUAAGGCACGGGAGUUUGAUCCCACUGACUUCCAGGACCGGUCCUUGAAACGCAUCCUGAACAAGAUGAAGGACAUCCACAGUGCAGGACUUCCUGAGCAGGAACUGAAAACGUACAACAGUCUAGUGGCUACCAUGGAGACAAAGUACAGUGUGGCCGAAGUGUGUCGAAAAAAUGGAUCCUGCCAUCCUCUGGAACCAGACCUCAAUAAGAUACUGGCUGAGUCCAGGGACUACAAGGAGCUGCUGUUUGUCUGGCAGGGCUGGCGCAAUGUCUCUGGCAAGGCUAUCCGUCAGGACUACCUGAGAUACGUAGAGCUUGCUAACAAGGCUGCCAGGCUCAAUGGUCACUCUGACAAUGGGGCCUCCUGGCGCUCUGUGUAUGAGACGCCCACGCUGGAGCAGGACCUGGAACGGCUCUGGAAGGAGCUGGAGCCCCUCUACCUCAACCUACAUUCUUACGUGCGCCGGGCACUGUACAAGAAAUAUGGACCCAGACAUGUCAACUUGCGGGCCCCAAUCCCCGCACACCUGUUGGGUAAUAUGUGGGCUCAGUCUUGGUCGAAUAUAUAUGACCUGUUGACCCCCUACCCUGAUGCCAUCCAAGUGGAUGCCACACCCGCAAUGGUUUCCAAGGGCUGGGAUGCCAAGCGGAUGUUUGAGGAGUCGGACCACUUUUUCACCUCCCUUGGCCUUCUGCCUAUGCCUCCCGAGUUCUGGAACCAGUCCAUGCUGGAGAAACCAGCAGAUGGGCGCAAGGUGGUCUGCCACGCCUCUGCCUGGGACUUCUACAAUCGCAAGGACUUCAGGAUCAAGCAGUGCACGGUGGUGACCAUGUAUGACCUUGUCACCGUGCACCAUGAGAUGGGCCAUGUGCAGUACUUCCUGCAGUACAGGGACCAGCCCCUGUCCUUCCGGGACGGUGCCAACCCGGGCUUCCAUGAGGCCAUCGGGGACGUGCUCGCCCUCUCUGUUUCCACCCCUAAGCACCUACACAGCAUCGGCCUUCUGGACAAGGCGGAGAACAACCCUGAGAGUGACAUCAACUACCUGAUGAAAACUGCCCUGGACAAAAUUGCCUUCCUGCCCUUUGGCUACCUGAUGGACCAAUGGCGGUGGAAGGUUUUCGAUGGCCGGAUCUCCGAGGGGGAGUAUAACAAGGAGUGGUGGAACCUCAGAAUUAAAUAUCAGGGAGUGUGUCCACCCACAGCCCGCAGUGAGGAUGACUUUGACCCUGGAGCCAAGUACCACGUCCCUGCCAACGUACCCUAUGUCAGGUACUUUAUCAGCUACAUCAUCCAGUUCCAGUUCCACAAGGCUCUGUGCAAGGCCGCCAAUCACAGUGGCCCAUUCCACCGCUGUGACAUCUACCAGUCCAAAGAGGCUGGGAAGCUGUUAGGGAAUGUUAUGAAAUUGGGCUCCAGCAAACCAUGGCCUGAGGCCAUGACCUUGCUCACUGGUCAGCCCCACAUGUCUGCCCUGCCAUUGGUCGAGUACUUUAAGCCUCUCAUCAACUGGCUGGAGAGGGAGAACAAGAAGAACGGGGACAUCCUAGGCUGGCCCGAGUAUGACUGGAUGCCAUCAAGUGAAGAGAUAGGCCCAGGUCUGGCUCCCACUCUGACCACAACCCCCUCCGCCAGGGAGGGGAAGGUGGACUUCCUGGGGAUGAGUCUGGACAGCGCAGCUGCAGCGGCGGGGCAGUGGAUCCUGCUCGUCCUGGGCCUGGUCUUCCUCAUCACCACUAUCUACAUGUGCUGCAAGAACAAGAGGGCCAGCAAACACAAGUCCUCCUCCAUUCUGGAGUUGGGCACAAAAUGAGAGACUUCCUUCCCCUCUCUCCCUGGACACUAGUGUGUAGGACACUGUGGCCAAAGUUGGGCUUUGUGACGGACUAAGACAUUUGAGUUUACUGCUUUGUUUACGGUUGAGCAAAUCUUUGCUAUG